AUGGACAACACAACAGAAUUUGCCCUGACCCCUGUCAAUCACAACCUCACCAACAGCAGCUGUUCCCGUGACAACGUGCUGAAGACGGUGGUGUUCCCUGUUCUGUACUCCAUCCUCUUCCUGUUGGGCCUGUCCCUCAACGGCCUGGCAGUGUGGGUGUUCUUCAGCAUCCCCAGCCGCUCCCACUUCAUCAUCUAUCUCAAGAACAUUGUAGUGGCCGACGUCCUCAUGACCCUCACCUUCCCCUUCAAGGUGCAGUUAUAACGAUAAUAAUGAUAAUAUUCAUACAAUUUAUAACGAUAACAAUGGAAAGUAUUGAUAAGUUCUAACGAUGAUAAUUAUAAUAUUGAUACAACUUUUUAAAAAACUACUUUUAGAAAAUGCAAUAAAAUCACUGCGUUUGCUAAAUAAAGAUGUGUUUUUCCUUCAGGUGCUGUCUGACUCCAACAUGGCGUCCGUGGGUAUGCGUGUCUUCGUCUGUCGCGUCUCCUCGGUGCUCUUCUAUCUCACCAUGUACAUCAGCAUCCUCUUCUUCGGCCUCAUCAGCAUCGACCGCUGCAGGAAGACCCUCCAGCCCUUCAAGGGGACCAACGCGGCCCGUCUGGCCCACAGGAAGCUGCUCUCUGGGGCUGUCUGGGGCUCCCUGCUGGCCCUCUCCCUGCCCAACAUGGCCCUGACCAGCCGCAGCCCCACCUCGGACAACUUCAAGUGCGGUGAUCUUAAGACGGCGGCUGGGCUCCGCUGGCAUGAGGUUGUCAACCAUGUGUGUCAGGUCAUCUUCUGGGGCAACCUGGUGACGGUGACGAUGUGUUACGCCCUCAUCACCAAAGAGCUGUAUAGUUCAUACGCCCGCAGCAAGGCUUGCCGUGCUGGUGGAGCCAAACGCAGAGCUGGUACUGACGGGGGUACUGUUAAAGGGCAGCGCCAGCCCCGGAGGAAGAGUGUGAGUUCAAAUGUCUUCCUGGUGCUGGCUGUGUUCUUUGUGUGCUUCGCUCCGUUCCACUUCGCCCGCGUGCCGUACACCAUGAGCCAGACCAGAGGACACCUGUUUGACUGCAACCUCAAGCUGUUCUUCUUCCAGCUGAAGGAGAGUACCCUCUGGCUGUCCUCCCUCAACGCCCUCCUGGACCCUCUCAUCUACUUCUUCCUCUGUAAGUCCUUCAGGACCACCCUGUUCAAGACCCUCCGUCUCCCACCUGGGACCUAUAGCUGGCUCACUGGGAGUGGGUCCGGCCCCAACACAGCGGAGGAUCAGACCCCAACAUAGGAGACUCCACUGGGAGACUCCUGUGCCUGAAUGUAGGUAACUAAAACUCUAUGUUCUAUCUGUAUUGAGCUGAUGAAUGUUUCACAGAGGAUCAUACUGCCCUCUCCUGGAAGGUUGACUGAACUGAACUGUGUGUUGAUUAAACUGUCUGGGCAAUGAGAACAUUCAAUGGGACCUUCCAAUGGGAAAAAUCAGUGGGACCUUCCAAUGGGAACAAUCAGUGGGACCUUCCAAUGGGAACAAUCAGUGGGACCUUCCAAUGGGGACAAUCUGUGGGACCUUCCAAUGGGAACAAUCUGUGGGACCACUGCGCCACUCGGGAGACACCCUCUAAACAUCAUCAUAACCUCAUGCCAAGGAAAGCACCUCAGGUCUCUCAGUCUCUCUCAUAACAGCUUAGUUCCCUACAGUGUAAUUCUGCUUUGACCACAUUGUUUUACCUUUAGGAACUGAAAUAGGAGACAUGUAUUUCCCCUGUAAUUAUGUGUAACAAUGGCACAGCGUUUACGCCUAAAAUGUACAGGAUAGCGUCAGCAGAACGUUCUAUACUGCAUAAAGUUGUCAAAUCUAAAUGUUUCUUUCUCUCCCAUUCAUUUAUCCAUGUAUAUAACCAUUCUUCAACACACCAAUAUCAAAUCAAAAUCAAAUUUGAUUUGUCACAUGCGCUGAAUACAACACCUUACCGUGAAAUGCUUACAAUGUGAUACUAAGGGAUAAAUCCCCUGAUUUAGAUGAUGCAUUGAAAGCUUGCCAUUCCAUAUGUUAGACAGACAGUAUACAACCUAUUAACAGUUGGUCUAUGGGGAGGUGAGAGGCUGGAUCCAAUUGCUGCAGGGGCGGAUUGGCCAUCUGGCAAUUCUGGGAAAUGCCAGAUGGGGCGGACUAUUUUUUUUGUUGGGUAGGGCUGGUAGAAAUUGACACACACACAAAACAAAAAUUAUAUUGUGGCACACCGCCACGGACAAGCCACCAGGGGGAUACUCGUCGAGGCCAGGUGACAGACGGCGUCUACAUCACGUGGGGUGCCUCCUUCUGCUGGACGUGCCAGGUCUCGACGGGUCCUCCGGCCAGGACUAAUUGGGGCUGAUUGAGGCUGGUGAGUAAUCAAGGGGCUGAUUGCUCAUCAGCCGUACGGUGCCCAUAAAGCUGCCAGGAGGGCAGCACAUGGGAGGGUUGGAGAUAGUGAGAUGUUGCUACCGGACAGACGUCCUCACGGUCUGCUAGAACAGAAGGGCUAGGAGGAGACAGCAUUCCCAGAACAGCUAGGCUAGGAGGAGACAGCGUUCCCAGAAGGGCUAGGCUAGGAGGAGACAGCGUUCCCAGAACAGCUAGGCUAGGAGGAGACAGCGUUCCCAGAAGGCGGUGUCACGGUCUGCUAGAACAGAAGGGCUAGGCUAGGAGGAGACAGCGUUCCCAAAACAGCUAGGCUAGGAGGAGACAGCGUUCCCAGAACAGCUAGGCUAGGAGGAGACAGCGUUCCCAGAAGGCGGUGUCACGGUCUGCUAGAACAGAAAGGCUAGGAGGAGACAGCGUUCCCAGAAAGGCUAGGAGGAGACAGCGUUCCCAGAAGGCGGUGUCACGGUCUGCUAAAACAGAAUGGCUAGACUAGGAGGAGACAGCGUUCCCAGAAGGCGGUGUCACGGUCUGCUAGAACAGAAAGGCUAGGAGGAGACAGCGUUCCCAGAACAGCUAGACUAGGAGGAGACAGCGUUCCCAGAAGGGCUAGGCUAGGAGGAGACAGCGUUCCCAGAACGGCUAGGCUAGGAGGAGACAGCGUUCCCAGAAGGGCUAGGCUAGGAGGAGACAGCGUUCCCAGAAAGGCUAGGAGGAGACAGCGUUCCCAGAAGGGCUAGGCUAGGAGGAGACAGCGUUCCCAGAAAGGCUAGGAGGAGACAGCGUUCCCAGAAAGGCUAGGAGGAGACAGCGUUCCCAGAAGGCGGUGUCACGGUCUGCUAGAACAGAAGGGCUAGGCUAGGAGGAGACAGCGUUCCCAGAACAGCUAGGCUAGGAGGAGACAGCGUUCCCAGAAGGCGGUGUCACGGUCUGCUAGAACAGAAGGACUAGGCUAGGAGGAGACAGCGUUCCCAGAACGGCUAGGCUAGGAGGAAACAGCGUUCCCAGAAGGUGGUGUCACGGUCUGCUAGAACAGAAGGGCUAGGCUAGGAGGAGACAGCGUUCCCAGAACAGCUAGGCUAGGAGGAGACAGCGUUCCCAGAAGGUGGUGUCACGGUCUGUUAAACACAGAAAGGCUAGGAGGAGACAGCGUUCCCAGAACGGCUAGGCUAGGAGGAGACAGCGUUCCCAGAAGGCGGUGUCACGGUCUGCUAGAACAGAAGGGCUAGACUAGGAGGAGACAGCGUUCCCAGAAAGGCUAGGAGGAGACAGCGUUCCCAGAAGGGCUAGGCUAGGAGGAGACAGCGUUCCCAGAAAGGCUAGGAGGAGACAGCGUUCCCAGAAGGCGGUGUCCCAGAAGAGGAGACCGGUUUAUUUAAUUUUUCUUGAUUGUUUUAAAUAAACACCUUGAAACUGAGGUGUCACACUUGUGUCCAUGUCUGAUCAGUGUAAAUGUCUAGAUCAAACCCCCUGGUCUGCCACAAUAUAGGAAAACAAAUAUUUAAAAAUCGUGUCAUGGCCGGCGCCCCAUGGGCCUGAUAAGAUAAUUAUUUUACGAUUUCUGCGCAAUUUGUCUGUUAUAAUAAUCUAUAGAUAACUGCCCAAAUAAUGGAUACACGUGAGUAAAUGAGGGAUACAAAGUAUAUUAAAAGCCGGUGCUUCCACACAGAUGUGGUUCCUAAGUUAAUUAAGCAAUUAACAUCCGAUCAUACUUAGGGUCAUUUAUAAAAAUGCUGGGCAGGUCAUUAUUUUGGCUACCAUGGGUAUGCCUCCAUAGGAUGACAAUGCCUCCAUCCAUAGGGAAUGAGUGGUCACUGAAUGAUUUGAUGAGCAUGAAAACUAUUUAAACCAUAUGCCAUGGCCAUCUCAGUCACCAGAUCUCAACCCAAUUGAACACAUAUGGGAGAUUCUGGAGUGGCGUUUUCAACCACCAUCAACAAAACACCAGAUUAUGGAAUUUCUUGUGAAAAAAUAGUGUCGCAUCCCUCCCAUAGAGUUCCAGACAUUUGUAGAAUCUAUACCAAGGUGCAUUGAAGCUGUUCUGACUCAUGGUGGCCCAACGCCCUAUUGAAACACUUUAUGUUGACGUUUCCUUUAUUUUGGCAGUUACCCGUGGAAUGAGCCUUUAGCUGGGGGGUGUGAGUUGACGGCACGUGCAGUGAUGUGGGCUGGUGUUGAUAAAAUACCAGGGCCGCCCCUGUACUGCUAUGAUCACAGAGCAUGUGGAGAAGUGGCAAGGUAUGAAAGUAGAAACUACACUGUUAAGACACCAGAAAGAGGUGAGAGUUAAUGUGAAAGAAAUGGUGUGUGUGCAGGAGCGUAAUAGAGAGAGAGAGAGAGAGAGAGAGAGAGAGAGAGAGAGAGAGGAGAGAGAGAGAGAGAGAGAGAGAGAGAGAGAGAGAGAGAGUACAGGCAUCAAAACAUCUAAUCUGAUCUGAUUUUUUGAAGAACCAAAAACAGCAACUUCCCCAUGAGAAUAUGACAAAAAUACAUAACCUCCCUAAUGCUGAAUCUAGGGAACUGUUGGGAGAAAUACUAUUCCACCAAUUAUAGACAUUAGCAGUUGGUAGAUCAUGGCUCUUGCAACGCCAGGAUUGUGGGUUUCAUUCCGGGGUCACAUUAAAUGUAUGCAGCAUGUCUGUUAGUCGUUUUGGAUUUAAAAAAUACUUACAUUAUUGUUAUAUUGUAAGAAGUCUGACAAACAGGGGCAGCUUUUUUCAGUUGUAUUUGUAUUUAUUAUGGAUCCCCAUUAGCUGCUGCCAAGAAUCUUCUUAUUGGUGUCCUUUAGUCGUGGUUUCUUUGCAGCAAUUUGACCAUGAAGGUCUGAUUCACACAGUCCCCUCUAAACAGUUGAUGUUGAGAUGUGUCUGUUACUUGAACUCUGUGAAGCAUUUAUUUGGGCUGCAAUUUCUGAGGCUGGUAACUCUAAUGAACUUAUCCUCUGCAGCAGAGGUAACUCUGGGUCUUCCAUUCCUGUGGCGGUCCUCAUGAGAGCCAGUUUCAUCAUAGCGCUUGAUGGUUUUUGCGACUGAUCUUGAAGACACUUUCAAAGUUCUUGGAAUUUUCCGGAUUGACUGACCUUCAUGUCUUAAAGUAAUGAUGGACUGUCAUUUCUCUUUGCUUAUUUGAGCUGUUCUUGCCAUAAUAUGGACUUGGUCUUUUACCAAAUAGGGCUAUCUUCUGUAUACCACUCCUACCUUGUCACAACACAACUGAUUGGCUCAAACGCAUUAAGAAGGAAAGAAAUUCCAAAAAUGUACUUUUAACAAGCAACACCUGUUAAUUGAAAUGCAUUCCAGGUGACUACCUUAUGAAGCUGGUUGAGAGAAUGCCAAGAGUGUGCAAAGCUGUCAUCAAGGCAAAGGGUGGCUACUUUGAAGAAUCUCAAAUAUAAAAUAUAUUUUGAUAUGUUUAACACUUUUUUGGUUACUACAUGAUUCCAUAUGUGUUAUUUCAUAGUUUUGAUGUCUUCACUAUUAUUCUACAAUGUAGAAAAUAGUAAUAAUAAAGAAAAACCCUGGAAUGAGUAGGUGUGCCCAGACCUUUGACUGGUACUGUAUGUUGACAUGGCCUAUUGAUUACCAGACACACUAUUUAUCUUAUUAUUAGUAUUAUUUUGUGCUAUAAUUUGCCAUUUACCUUGAAACAUACUAUCAGUAUUAUUUUUCUUCCAUUGUUGUGUCUCAAUGGGCCACUAGGCUAGAAAUAGGAGCUACGUGCAAUAGUCAGGUCACUCUGAGGAAGACGUCAUCUUGUCACCUGUUCACAUCCUGUAAAAUAGAUUAAAGUGAGCUGAAAUAAAUAAAUCUCUGCUUUUUUGUUGAGUGCUCCAACUCCUUUCUACAGUACCUGGAAUUAGUCCUUUUCGAAGUUUUUCUUGGUAAGCCCAUUUGUGUCAUUGUUGUUGAGCACCCCUCCUUUCCUUAGUUUGUUGACGCGAAGGCUGAACCCCGUAGAUCACUUCACUAUUUCCUUUUUGUUUCCAAAGCUUCUGACUUACCUCACUUUUUUUGUUAAAGUAUAAAAACAUGAGUUACCAAACCUGUUCACAGGGUUGGUUAACUCUUGAGGUUCCUCGGGUCUCCACCAAAUUAGGUAAAUCCACUUUUAGUUUUAAAACAAUUUGUAGAACUCAUUACAACUGGAUGUUCCGGUGCUACUCGGGCAGUUAAGGGUGUUAUUUGAGCUGAGGAAUUAAUCGUAUUUUUUGCUGUUUUGUUUUACAUUGUAUUGGUUGUUGAAUUGCUGUGAUCAGGGCUCCCUUGAAAAUGAGACCCUGGUCUCAAUGGGUUUUCCCUGAAUAAAUCAAGAAUAAUACAAAUAAAUACCAUGUACAAAAACAAAAUUACCUUUUUUUUGCGCAUAUAAAUAUGUGCCAAUGGUAUACAUAUAUGCAGUACAGAACUCAGAUAGGCUCUGAAUCUACAUAGAGAGCUGUAUUGGUGUGUAUUAUCUGAAAAGUACACUCUUAGAAAAAAAAAGGUGCUAUCUAGAACCAAAAAGGGUUCUAAAGGCUGUUCCAAUAGGAGAACCCUUUGAAGAACCCAAUUUGGUUCCAGGUAGUACCCUUUUAGGUUCCAUGUAGAACCCUUUUAGGUCUACCUGGAACACAAAAAGGGUUCUACCUGGAACCAAAAAGGGUUUUCCUAUGGGGAAAGCUGCAUAACUUUUUUCUAAGGGUGUAGUUAUUCUAGGGCAAAUGUUUUAUUUGAAUCCAGGUAUCUCUGGAGUCAUAAUAUUAAGUUAUACAUAUCAUCAGAGGGUGGGGGGUGGGGGGGGGGGGGGGGGGGGGGGGGGGGGGGGGGGCAUGAAGUACUAGCCUAUGGUUAUAAUUGGUUAUAACUAGGUAUGACCUUGUACGAAAUCAAAAUUACAUUAGAUAUACUGUAUGUUUAGUUUCAGUCAAAACAGCUCAUAAAAGUCUGUCAGUGGUAUGAAUACUUGGUAGAACUGUAAUAUGGAAACCAGCUAACCUCUGAGUGUACACAUAGUGCUGUAUUCUACCAAAAAUAGUUAUUGUACUGAAAAUGUGAUAUAAAUGCCAGUAUUCGUAUAAUAUCCUCCAAUAUUCUAUAUGUGCAAAUUGUUAUGAUAUUUUGGUUUGACUUAGAAUAUGUGUGCAUUCUUUUGAAGCAUGCUGCCAUAGCCCCUACCAUGCUAAUGCUUGCUGUGGGCUAAGUAAAUAAAGAAAACAAAGCCAUAUUUUGGUCAAUGUCUCUGAGGAUCAAUUCGGAAAACUAAAUGAUACUAUAAUCAAAUGACGGUAAAUUAGCUUUUUAGUACUAAUGUGGAUUGUACUUUGAAAACUGCACAUUAUAUGAAGAAAAAAAAUCAUAUUUUCGUUUUACAGAAUAUGGAAAAAACUCUAAUUUUGCUAAAAUAACAGUCUGUUUUGGUAUUUAUUUUUCUGAUAACAUUAAUUAAUCUAAUGAUGUUUUGAUAAGAAAUAAGUUGAUAUUUUGCUAUGAUUAGUGCUUUUCCAAUAGCUUUCUUCUAGGGGUCAAAAUGACCCCAGUUGGUAAUCGAUGUAUGUAAAAUAUGUUGGUAGCUUGAGGGUUAAAUGAAUGAUAUCUAGACAUUCUCCAUUGAACAUGCUUUAUAGUCCAUGACUAUGUUUAACCAGCCGCUAAUGUUUUGAAGACUCAGUGUUUUUUUUUACAAUUACAUGGUUUACAAACAAUGGAGUGACACAAGAUUAUAUUUUGAUUUCUGAUGGGAUAUGACAGUUGAAAUAAGCACAGGAAGCAUUUAUAUUCUUAAAUUACAUUCAUCAAAAGGCAAUGGCUACAUAUAAUUCAUUCAAAAUUCAAAAAAUGUAUGUACCGAUCGCAGAUUUCCCCUUUAAAUCUAGAAAUUAAAUAGAUUCCAUAAAUAUGACUAUAACAAGUCUCUACUUCCUGUCGUUCAUCCCGGCACUCAUCAUCAAUGAGGUAGCAGUCUCAGUCUGCAUGCGCCUUCGCCUCAACGUCCACCUUCACGGUGUAUCUGAAGAACCUUUGUGGCCGCUGACCUCCUCAUGACCCUGACUAUCCCUCUCAAAGCAGCCAGUGUCCUGCCCAGCGCUCCUCUGGCUCAGAAGACCUUUUCCUGUCACUCCUCUGAUGUUAUUUUCUACCUCUGUGUGUACAUGAGCAUCCCUCUACUGGGCCUCAUCAGUCUGGACCGCUUCUUCAAGAUCGUCAGGCCCCCCGUGGCAGGUCGUUGGGUCAGAACCUGGUCUGAAAAUGAAAAGCGAGGCAGGACGGGGUUUUCACAGAGGCGUGGUCACAUUCAGCAGCGUGAUCUUCUGGAUGGUGUUUCUUCUUGUUUGUUUCUGUUGCAUGUGCAUAGCGAGAAAAGGUUUUUCAAUCAUACAGGAAAUCAGGAAGCAGCAAUGACGAGGGGAGGCAUAACACCAAAGUGUUUUUGGUUCUGGUGGUCUUCCUGGUGUGUCUCGGCCCAUACCCAGCUUCCCUUACACCCGGCUUCAGGUUACCUCAAUGACCAACUGCACUAAGGGCACCUUACGGAUCUCUAAAAAGAUCACCUUGUGGAUGUCAGCCAUGAACGUCUGCCUGUACCCUCUCAUCUACUUCUUCCUCUGUAAGUCCUUCAGGACCACCCUGUUCAAGACCCUCCGUCUCCCACCUGGGACCUGUAGCUGGCUCACUGGGAGUGGGUCCAGGCCCCAACACAGCGGAGGAUCAGACCCCAACAUAGGAGACUCCACUGGAAGACUCCUGUGCCUGUAUAGAAAAUAA